AUGAAACUCGACAAAGAUAUACUGAUGAAGCCGCUCCCAAAGUCUCCUGGGACAGGCAGUACAACUACGGGUCUCUCUGUCUCACACGCUGAAGAGGUCCUCGAUAGACAGCUCCAUGCGCCGGUGUCACAAGUCGGUUUCUUUGGUGUCUAUCGAUAUGCGACUCGGUGCGAUGUUGCCAUUCUCUUCGGCAGUGCACUUGCUGCGAUCGCAGGCGGUGCAGCACUUCCUCUCUUCACAGUCCUGUUCGGCAGGCUGACGUCGACCUUUCAAGACAUUGCUACCCAUCAAAUCACCUAUGAUCAAUUCCAUCACGAGCUGACCAAGAAUGUGGUCUACUUCAUAUACCUGGGUGUGGCUGAGUUCGUCGCGAUCUAUCUGGCGACCGUCGGCUUCAUCUACACUGGCGACCAUGUCGUGCAGCAGAUUCGCGUGAAAUACUUCCAGGCUAUCUUAAGACAGAAUAUCGCCUUCUUUGACACUCUCGGUGCCGGCGAGAUCACCACGAGAAUCACUGCCGAUACGAACUUGAUACAAGACGGCAUCUCCGAAAAGGUCGGCUUGGCCUUGACUGGGCUGUCGACCCUCCUCGCGUUGCUUUUGACCAUGGGCGGUUGCUCCACCCUCAUGCUUAUCUUCAACAAAAAGGCAUUAGAAUGCCAGGGCCGUGGCGCCAGCAUGGCGGAGGACAUCCUCGACUCCAUCAGGACCGUCGCAGCCUUCAGUGCCCAAGAAACCCUGGCACAGAAAUACGAAUCACAUCUCAAGGAUGCCGAAGGGCCUGGGAUGAAAUCAAAAGUAAUUUUCGCCAUCAUGGUUGGGGCAUUACUAUGCAUCAUGUAUCUCAACUAUGGGCUUGGGUUCUGGAUGGGGUCUCGCUUCCUCGUCGAAGGAAUCAGUAACAUCAAAGCCGGGGAUGUGCUGACCAUCAUGAUGGCCAUCAUCCUAGGUUCCUAUAAUCUAGGAAAUGUGGCCCCCAAUGGUCAAGCGCUGUCGAACGCGGUGGCGGCGGCAUCGAAGCUAUAUAGCACCAUUGACCGUCAGUCCCCCUUGGAUGCGCUGUCCGACGAGGGCAAGACACUGGAGUUUGUCCGAGGAAAUAUAGUGCUUCAUAACAUCCAGCACGUGUAUCCAUCGCGGCCCGAGGUCACUGUUGCUCAUGACCUUAGUUGUUAUAUCCCCGCUGGUAAGACGACUGCCUUCGUGGGCCCCUCGGGUUCGGGCAAAAGUACCAUCAUCAGCUUGCUGGAGCGGUUUUAUGACCCGGUCGCGGGGACCAUUAUGCUCGACGGCCAGGAUAUUCAGACAUUGAAUCUCCGGUGGCUGCGACAGCAAAUGUCGCUCGUGUCGCAGGAGCCGAGACUCUUCGCCACCACAAUCGCGGAGAACAUCCGUUAUGGAAUCAUUGGCUCUCGAUUUGAAAAGGAAUCGACCUAUGAAAUCCGAAAGCGAGUUGAAGCCGCAGCUCGAACGGCAAAUGCGCACGAGUUCAUUAUGGCGCUUCCGAAUGGCUAUGAUACGAAUAUCGAGAGCUUCUCACUCUCUGGAGGGCAGAAACAGCGCAUCGCCAUUGCCAGAGCUAUUAUAAAGGACCCUAAGAUCUUGCUCUUAGAUGAAGCAACAUCCGCCUUGGACACGAAAUCCGAAAAGCUCGUUCAGGCAGCACUGGACAAGGCAUCGAAGGGUAGGACGACAAUCGUCAUCGCUCACCGACUGUCCACAAUCCAAAAGGCGUAUAACAUCAUUGUUCUUGCCAAUGGCCAGAUUAUUGAGCAAGGGCCGCAUGAGCAUUUGAUGGAUCGACGAGGGGUCUAUUAUGGCAUGGUGGAAGCGCAACAGAUCAAGAAGCGGUACUCGAGAUACUCUAAGCGAUAUUCCCAUUUCUUGACGAGCAUUCCCCCUAAACAUACCCCAAUGACAUUCUUCUUCGAUAAAGAUUGUCCUGGCGAUGACCAGUCCGAUUUACAUAGUGUAGUCAGUGAUGAUGCAUCCGAUAUCGGAUUGCACACUGGAGAGAAACAACGACCUGUGUCGAGAAUGACACUAUCUCAUCUCAUGCAGCCCGCCAAGGAAGAGGCUUAUUCUUUCUGGACUUUGUUCAGAUUUCUUGCCUCAUUUAACCGGCCCGAGUGGCCGUUCUUAUUACUCGGUCUCUGCGCAUCCAUCCUGGCAGGGGGUAUUCAACCAUCGCAGGCCGUGCUGUUUGCGAAGGCUGUCAGCACGCUCAGCUUGCCUUCCUUUGAAUAUCCGAAGCUCCGGCACGAUGCCAACUUCUGGUCUCUUAUGUUUCUCAUGAUUGGCCUCGUAUCGCUUUUUUGUAUAGCCGGCGUCACAUUGGGGACUAUCUUGAUUGUCUCUGUCAAUCUCGUGGCUUCGUUAGGGGUAGCCCUUGUCAUCGGUUGGAAGCUGGCACUGGUGUGCAUCUCCGCAGUUCCAGCCCUGCUAAUGUGUGGAUUUGUUCGGGUUUGGAUGCUGGAGCGGUUCCAACGAAGGGCAAAGAAAGCAUAUCAGGAAUCGGCUAGUUCUGCUUGUGAGGCAGCCUCGGCCAUCCGUACGGUCGUUUCCCUGACCAUGGAGACCGAGGCCUUGCAAUCCUAUCAAGCACAGCUUCGUCGACAGCUCAAGAGUGAUAUUCUCCCCAUUGUUAAAUCAUCCUUACUUUAUGCCAGCUCGCAGGCGUUGCCUUUCUUCUGCAUGGCGUUGGGAUUCUGGUAUGGCGGGUCUCUACUUGGUCAUGGAGAGUACUCCCUCUUUCAGUUUUACGUGUGUUUUAGCGAGGUGAUCUUUGGGGCCCAGGCCGCUGGAACGGUUUUCUCUCAUGCUCCGGACAUGGGCAAGGCGAAACACGCUGCCCGUGAGUUCAAACUGCUCUUCAGCAGCGCCACAAUGCAUGCUUCUCGAGGCAAAGGAGUUCCGGUUUCGUCCAUGCAAGGGCUGGUUGAGUUCCGCGAGGUCUCCUUUCGAUAUCCCAGUCGUCUGGAGCAACCAAUCCUUCGCCACUUGAACCUGACCAUCAAACCAGGGCAAUUUGUGGCGCUGGUGGGCGCGAGUGGAAGUGGCAAGAGCACUACCAUUGCGUUACUGGAGAGAUUUUAUGAUCCUCUCAAAGGUGGUGUCUACGUAGAUGGAAGGAAUAUUAUCACUCUCGAGAUGUCUUCCUACCGCAGCCACUUGGCUCUCAUCAGUCAAGAACCGACUUUGUUCCAAGGGACCAUCCGGGAGAACAUCCUGUUGGGAAGCAACACGCCUGAUGUCCCAGAUGGUCUCCUCAUUAAAGCCUGCAAGGAUGCAAACAUAUACGAUUUCAUAUUGUCAUUACCGCAGGGCUUCAACACCAUUGUUGGCAAUAAAGGAGGCAUGCUCUCUGGUGGCCAGAAGCAGCGCAUUGCCAUCGCUCGGGCCCUUAUACGGAAUCCAAAGAUCCUCUUAUUGGACGAAGCUACGUCCGCUCUAGAUUCCGAGUCGGAAAAGGUCGUCCAGGCAGCAUUGGAUGCCGCCGCGCGAGGACGCACUACGAUCGCAGUUGCUCACCGGCUGAGCACUAUCCAGCGGGCAGAUCUAAUAUACGUCCUCGACCAAGGAGAGGUCGUCGAGUCAGGUACACACCGUGAGCUUCUCCGGAAAAAAGGACGCUACUACGAACUCGUUCAUCUACAGAAUCCGGAUGCCACGGGUUCAUGA